AUGUCUGAAAUUACUCUAGGAAGAUAUCUAUUCGAAAGAUUAUCUCAAGUCGAUGUCAAAACCAUCUUCGGUUUGCCAGGUGACUUCAAUUUAGCCUUAUUAGAUAAGAUCUACGAAGUCCCAGGUAUGAGAUGGGCUGGUAACGCUAACGAAUUAAACGCUGCUUAUGCUGCUGAUGGUUACGCUAGAAUUAAGGGUAUGUCUUGUAUCAUUACCACCUUCGGUGUCGGUGAAUUAUCAGCUUUAAACGGUAUUGCCGGUUCUUACGCUGAACACGUCGGUGUCUUACACGUUGUUGGUGUCCCAUCCAUCUCUUCUCAAGCUAAGCAAUUAUUAUUACACCAUAGUUUAGGUAACGGUGAUUUCACCGUCUUCCACAGAAUGUCUGCCAACAUCUCCGAGACUACUGCUGUGUUGACUGACAUCGCUACUGCUGCUGCUGAAAUCGAUAGAUGUAUCAAGACUACGUACAUCACCCAAAGACCAGUGUAUCUAGGUAUUCCAGCCAAUAUGUUUGACUUCAAACUCCCAGCUAAGUUAUUGGAAACUCCAAUUGACUUAUCUUUGAAACCAAAUGAUCCUGAAGCUGAAGAUGAAGUUAUUGACGCUAUUUUAUCUUUAGUUAAGGCGGCAAAGAACCCAGUUAUCUUGUCUGAUGCUUGUGCCUCUAGACAUAAUGUCAGAAAGGAGACUAGACAAUUGAUUGAUGCUACCCAAUUCCCUGCUUUCACCACUCCAAUGGGUAAGGGCUCAAUCGAUGAACAACAUCCAAGAUAUGGUGGGGUUUAUGUCGGUACCCUUUCGAGACCAGAAGUUAAGAAGGCCGUUGAAUCUUCCGAUUUAAUCUUAUCUGUUGGUGCUUUGUUAUCCGAUUUCAACACCGGUUCUUUCUCAUACUCCUACAAGACCAAGAACGUUGUCGAAUUCCACUCUGAUUACACCAAGAUUAAGAAUGCCACUUUCCCAGGCGUCCAAAUGAAGUUUGUCCUACAAAAACUAAGUAAGGUCAUUGACCAAACUGUUAAGGGUUACAAGCCAAUCCCUGUUCCAGCUAAGGUUCCAUCUAACAAGCCAUGUAGUCCAUCUACCCCAUUGUCCCAAGAAUGGAUGUGGAACCAAGCAUCAAAGUUCUUCCAGGAAGGUGAUAUUAUCAUCACUGAAACUGGUACCGCUGCCUUUGGUAUCAAUCAAUCUGAAUUUCCAACUCAUGCCGUCGGUAUCUCUCAAGUCUUAUGGGGUUCAAUUGGUUUCACUGGUGGUGCUGUCUUAGGUGCUGCAUUCGCCGCUGAAGAACUCGAUAUCAACAGAAGAGUUAUUUUGUUCAUUGGUGACGGUUCUUUACAAUUGACAGUGCAAGAAAUCUCCACCAUGAUUAGAUGGAACUUGAGACCAUAUUUAUUCGUCUUAAACAACAAUGGUUAUACCAUUGAGAAGUUGAUUCACGGUGAAAACGCUCAAUACAACGAAAUCCAGAACUGGAAGCACUUGAAGUUAUUAGAAACUUUCGGCGCCAAGGACUACGAAAACCACAGAAUUGCAACUACAGGUGAAUGGGACGCUUUAUUGAGUAACAAGGACUUCAACAAGAACUCUAGAAUUAGAUUGAUCGAAAUCAUGUUACCUGUUAUGGAUGCACCAAGUAACUUGGUUCAACAAGCAAAGAUCACUGCUGCAACUAACGCCCAACAAUAA